CCCCCGAUGGAUAUCAGUCGUUUGUUCGGCUAGCUUUCAAAUCCCUGUCCCCAUGACGAGAGCCGCAAACAAUCUCGAUCGCAUUCGAGGAUCCGAAUUUUAUGCGCAAGCUGCAAACGGCGAUAUGUCGGAAACUGCUGUCCAGUCGAAACGGAUUUCAGGCCCGCGAGCUGGAGCCGUCACUCGGGUGGAGACCAGGUUGCCCCGAUGCGUGCAACGUAGGCUGCCGUGCGCCCCGGUGACCGUAAAAUGCCAUCCACGACCAAGUCCAUACCGAUGCGCCGCCGAUCAUCGCGUAUCCCGAAGGCCUUACAAAUUGUCAGUCGGUCUGUCGGUGACUAACCGGACCGGGACUCCAGCACCGAUCCCCAAGAGCUGCUCCGACCGAUGUCCGCCCAGCGGUUGCUUCCUGGGCAUCGGCACUCCUCGUUGCAAGAAGAGCCUGUCGAUGAUGGACCUGUCCGCUGUCAAGCCCGACAUCGAUCUCAAGUCAGAGAGUGGUUCCACCGUCAGUCGUCUGGAUGAAGCCGCCGACAAAUCUAGAGAUAUCUUGGCGAACGGCGGAAGCGGCAGAUCCUGGACGGACGCUACACCGUCCUCGGAAUCGGAGCAGGGCGAAGUUGCCGGUUCGGCGGAGGAUCCGACGACCCGGGCGGCGAAUAUUGUGUGCCACAUGCUGGUGGUGAACGCUUGGCGACGUAGACGCGUCGAGAUCGCACAACUAGAGCAACAGGUGGAGCACUUACACCUCCAGAUCGAGUUCCUGCGCCGAUUGCUGCUCGCCGAGAACGACCGGGUCGGCAGAUUGAACGGCGAGCUGCAUCGUGACAAGUCGCAAUUGGAGGAGAUGACGCGAGAACGCGACGCCGUCAAGUUGGAGAAAGACAAAUUGGAGGUCGAAUUGAAGCGCGUCGAAGAGAUUUCCCUGGAGCGAUCGGUCACUGUGGGAAAUUUGAAAAAUGAGCUUUUGACCACGCAAGACCAGUUGAAGGCCCUCGACACGCAAAUGGCAAAAGAUCGAGAGAAACUCUUAAAAUUACGGGAAGACAAAAGGAUCCUCCUGGAUAAGGUAUCGGCUAGCGAGGCCCUAGCAACGGAUCGUCGCAUCAGAGCCGAGAAAGCGGAAUCCACUGUGGAGGAGUUGCAGCUACGAUUAGCGGCUCAGGUGGCUCACGCCGAGUCUACGCAGGAGCAGUUGGAGCGCAUUUCCAAGGAAUUGCAAGUUGCGGACGUGGAGAAGCAGAGAUUAGAGAAACGUCUGCGAGCCAGCGAGGGUAACGCCAGGGCUCUGAGUUUGCGUGCCGUUUCCCUGGAGAGUCAGCUGGUCGAUCGAGAAGCUGAACUUCGUCGCGUUGAGUCGGAAUACAAUUCGCAGAUGACGGAAUUGAGAGAGCUGCGAGAGCGACUGGUGCGUCAGUCUCAAGAGGGUGGUUGGAGCAGCCGGAUGUUGCAGAUUGCUGGGAGCAUCAUGCGCGCGUCAAUCAUGCGGACUUUCGCUUUUCUGUCCAGUGCUGCUCUGCCAUUGCCGCCAUAGAAUAGGUAUUUUAUACUAAUACCUGAAAAGAUUCAACAAUCUUCAGAAAUGAUGCGAAAAUUUCUGCUUAUUUUACAUCAUUUGAUAGACGCGUUAUUAACAGAGAGCCGGAGAAACAUUACUAAUUUCUUGUAUGUAAAUAAGCAGACAAGGGGCUUAAGCGUGAUUGCGACUUUCUGAGAGCCGGUUUCGACUCGGAGGAAAAUGUUUACCGGUCAGUUGAUGCAAACGUAUCUUUGGCCGUGAAAAGGAGGACGAUUUACGAUUGAAAGUGACAUUUCGAAGAAUGACAAGGACAGGCACUCGUGGGACGGCAAAGAAAUUGAUUAGCUUCUCCUUUCUUACAUUUAAAAUUGAACAUUGCAGUCUUUUUUUUUUCGAAUCAAUAUUUAACUCUUGAGUAAUAGAGAUUUGAUAUACAUAUGUACGCUUGAACACACCGUGGAUGAAACAAGCAAUUUUAUCGCGUUACGCAGCACUUCGAUUUAUAGAUCAAGUUUUUUUCCUUUUUGUAUGUAAAUUGUAUAAGCAAGAAAAUAAUGUGUAUACUAAAUGGAACUUUUAGCAGGAUUUGUCUAAUAAACAUGAGAUAUUACAUACCUUUUUAAUCUAUAUAUUUUUAGAUUCCUUCGUGUAACAUGAUAAACUGAUAAAAAUAAAUUACCGUCAGAGUAUUAUCUGAUGGCAGAUUACUACUGCGAGGCGUAGUUAUGAUUUGCGAUCGUUGGCCGUUCGUGCACUUUUUUUUACAACAAAUGC